GAGAGAGGCAGAGAGAGGGAGAGAGCGAGACUGACUCGGGAAGUGCGCGCAGAAGCAAGUUUCAGCAGAACAAAGCUACGCCAUCUUCAAAUGGGAGAGAGACGACUGACAUUAAAGACCUAGGGUUUUUUAGGGUUUUGAAAAAAGCUCUCUGUGGCGAGUUUUUAGUAAACAAGUUACAUUUCAGACGGCUCAACAAUCACCAAUUCACCAUUUCUCAUCCUAACCAGAGCAGAGCUUCUCGUUUUCAGCCAAAGACAUCCUUUAAGUAUUUCAGGUGGGGUUUGAAGGAGAGUGCUUUUGGAUUUGCCUUUUCUACCGCAUCUUCAAAAAUAAUGCAGACACCAAAAGGAAGAAGAAGAUCUUCAGAACUGCCUCAAAGGAAAUCGCCAGCAUCGCCUCGAACAGCUCGCCAACUCAAAACUCCUGGAUCAGAUUCUGACUCGGUUUCCUCUCCGAGUUCAUUGAACAAAACUCCAAAAGACAAAAGUCCUAAAGUCAAUGAACGUAGAUCACCCCGAAGUCCACUGUCUGAGACGAAGCGCCCUGGCAGAGUGACUGAGUUGGAAUCACAGCUGGCACAAUACCAAGAGGAUUUGAAGAAGGUGAAGGAUCAGCUGAACUCAUCCGAGUCAUUAAAAAGGCGAGCUCAACAGGAAACCGAAGAUGCCAAGAAGCAGCUCUCAGCCAUGUCAGCUAAGCUUGAGGAAUCUCAACAGCAGCUGCUAGAGCUUUCUGCUUCUGAUGACGUUCGGGUUCAAGAACUCCGUAAAAUUUCCCAGGAUCGCGAUAGGGCGUGGCAGUCUGAACUUGAGGCUGUACAGAAGCAGCACUCGAUGGAUUCUGCUGCCUUAGCUUCUGCAUUGAAUGAAAUACAGAAACUGAAAGGUCAGCUAGAAAUGGUGGCCCAAUCUGAAGCUGUCCAAAUAAAGCACGCAGAGUCAGCACAUACAGAGAUACAGGGACUGAGGAUGGAACUUGCAGAAACUCUGUCACUGGUUGAAAAUUUGAGAGCGGAGCUCGGUGAUCGCAGAGAAUCUGAAGCUCAAGCCCGGGAACUUGUUAGCAAGACUCAAGAGCAGUUGGAAACCGCAACUGCAAAUGUGGAAGUGCUGCGAUCUGAUGGCUUCAAAACAAUGGAGGCUUACAGCUCCUUAUCCAAGGAGUUGGAGCAAUCAAAAACCCAAGUGAGAUCAUUGGAAGAACUUGCGAGCAAACUCCAGGCAGAGUUGGUUAGCUGUAGCAGCAAAAACUCAGUGAAUCCUACUGGCAAUUCUCAACUUCCGCAGGAAAGUAGAGGAAAUGAGGAAACAAACCUUCUCGAAGCUGAAAUUCACUCUUUGAAAGUGGAAGUUGGUCAAUUGAAAUCUGCACUAGAAGCAGCUGAGACUGGGUACCUUGAAGAAUAUGUCCAGAGUACUUUGCAGAUUAGGAGUGCAUAUGAGCAAGUAGAAUGUACAAAAUCGGAAUCGUGCUGUAGAGAGGCUGAAUUGGAUGCAGAACUGAAGAAAGCCAAAGCUCACAUUGAAGAGUUGAGGGAGAACCUGAUGGGCAAGGAAACUGAAUUGCAGAGUAUUUCAGAGGAGAAUGAAGGGCUGAAACUGAAGAUCGGGAAACAUCAGUCAAGUCAACGAGAAUCAGAACUUCCAAGGGAGCUAAAGAGGUUGGAGGCAGAUAUCGCAGAGUUGAGAGCAAACUUGUCAGAUAAGGAGACACAGUUGCAGACUGUAAAUGAGCACAAUGAAAUGCUCAAGAUUGAAAUUAAGAAAAGAGACACAGAUCAGAAUAAAGUUAAUGAAGAGACUGUUGCUAUGGCAGAAAUGGCAAGGGCUGUGGAGCGUGAUGCUUUAAUUAAACUCGGACAUUUGACAGAAGAGGCUGACAAAAGUAGCAGAAGAGCAGAACGAGUGACCGAGCAGCUGGAUGCAGCCCAGGCAGCAAACACAGAAUUGGAAGCUGAGAUGAGGAGGUUAAAAGUUCAGUCAGACCAGUGGAGGAAGGCAGCCGAGGCAGCCGCUGCUAUGAUUUCAACAGGGAACAACGGUAAACUCGUAGAGAGAACAGGUUCCCUUGAUAACAACUACAAUACAAUUGGAGCAAGUUUGGGUUCACCUUACUCAGAAGACAUGGAUGAUGACUCACCCAAAAAGAAAAAUGGAAACAUGCUGAAGAAAAUCGGGGUUCUGUGGAAAAAGGGUCAAAAGUAGCUGUAUUUUCAGUAGGUGUUUUGGGUGGUGAUAGCAGCUGUACAGGCAUGUGGGUUAUGGUAAAACUUCGGCAGUUCCAUUGGGACUCACCUAUCGUCUAUGCUGUGGCUUUCUAGACAUGGAUCAUGGAUUUUCUUUUGUGAACGGUCUGGAGCCAGUUUAAGUCUUUUGUACCAUUUCUACUUCUUAAAAAACGAUAUUAUGCAUGAAUUAGGGCUUCUAACUGAAAACAUGAAAAACUGCCUUGUUAUAUUAUCUAAGAUGUUAUGUCCAAACUCAUUUCUUUACAAGGGACAUGUUUAUCUACCUUAUUUUACUUUAGUACAUGGAUUGGAUUUUAGAACAUCGCAGAAA